UCACCUUUGCUCUGUCCCUCUCCUUCUCUCUCUCUGUUUGUGAUUUUUACAGCACAGGUUUUUGUCGGUGAACUUAUUAGCUUCACUUCACUCAGUGCCAACAGUUGUAUAUCUCUUCAAUUUUUUGGAAUCAUGUGAUUCUUUCUAAUUUUCUGUUUCUGGCAGCAAUGGCGGGUGACCCAUGAACAUUUUAUUAUCAGCUUCAUGCAAUUGCUAUAUUGAAUCAGAGUGAGCACUGUAAGAGCUUAAUCUCUAACAACCCACUUUCAAUUUCGCUUUAUUGCUUCAUGUCUGCCAAAUAGAGUGAAAUCAUGGACAACAAGACAUGGCUUUGGAGGAAAAGAUCAUCGGAGAAGACAAUUGUUGCAAUUACUAAAUCAGAUUUCUCUUCAAAAGGAAAUGAAGAAGAGAUGCUUCCAACUGAGAAAGAAAUCAGUCUGUUGAGAUCAUUGGAAACCUUAGACGAGAAGUUAGCAUCAGUUCUCUGUGAGAGUAACGCUAAAGAUGACCUUCUAUCAAAACAUGCAAAUAUGGCAGAAGAAGCCAUCAAAGGCCGGGAAAAGGCAGAGGCAGCGGCAGUGUCUCUAAAACAAGAACUUGACAAAGCUUUACAGCAGAACGUAGCUUCAAAUGAAAGGUUAACUCAGUUAAAUGCUGCAUUGAAGGAAUCGAUGCAGCAAUCAACUUCUCUUCGAGAAGAACAUGAACAAAGGAUUCGUGAUGCUGUUAUGAAAACAUCGAGAGAAUUUGAGAAGUCUCAGAAAAAAUUAGAGGAAAAAGUAACCCAAAAAAGUAAAAGGCUCGCAAACUUAACAGUUGAGAACACUCGCCUGAGUAAAACCCUCCUGAUGAAAGAGAAACUGAUUGAAGAGCUAAGUAAACGUGUGUCUCAGGCAGAAGCAGAGUUCAAUACACUAAUGGCCAGACUAGAUUCCAUAGAAAAAGAAAAUGCUUUUCUCAAGUAUGAGUUUCGCAUGCUUGAGAACCAACUUGAGAUUCGAAAUGAAGAGAUUGAAUUUAACCGUCAAUCUGCUGAUGUGUCACACAAGCAACACAUGGAGAGUGUAAACAAGAUCAAAAAAUUGGAAGUGGAAUGUCAGAGAUUACGAGUCCUAGUGCGGAAACGAUUGCCGGGUCCCACUGCUUUGGCAAAGCUGAAGAAUGAAGUUGAAAGUCAGGGAAGGAAUCAGUCAGAGAUGAGGAGGAAGUUAAAUCCUGUAACGGGAGGUUUGAUUGUCAGAGACAGCACUCUACAAAACCCUCCUGACAUGCCCAAUAAGAAGAUCAGUUUCUUGAUUGAGCGGUUGUGUGAUAUGGAAGAAGAAAACAAGAAACUCAAAGAAAUUCUAUCCAAGAGAGAUGAUGAACUCCAUUCUUCACAAAUUGUGUGCACCCAAACAGCUUCCGAAUUAUCAAAGGUUGAAGUUCAGCUCGGAGAACUUUCAAAACGUCAAAAAUCUGUGGAGUUAUCUAGAUGCAGUCCUAUAGCAAGAGAGCUCUUUCCAACACCAAGUUUUGGCAUCAGCAAUGAUGAGACUAACCAUUCUGAACCAUGGGCUUCUGCUUUAAUUUCAGAACUAGAUUGUUUCAAAAAUCAGAAACCCAAGAAUCCACAUGAACACACAACUUUUGGAGUUUCGGACAUGAGCUUAAUGGAUGACUUUGUUGAGAUGGAAAAAUUAGCAAUAGUCACCGUUGGUACACCACUGGGAACUUCUUGUGCUUCUCCAAAUACAAGUAUAGAUUCAAGAGGUAAGGAACUAGUUCCAGUGCUACAACGACAGUCCAGUGACAUUGAACAGGAAAUCCAAACAAAAGAUGUAUCAACUGAAAAAGGCUACGAUUGGCUUCAGAAUGUUUUGAAUUUGAUUUUAGAUCAAACCCGUACAUCAAAAAGAAGUUUUGAUGAUCUUCUUGAGGAUAUUAGAAUAGCUUUAACGUACAUGAAGAGUUCUUGUGCUAGUGAAGUUAACAGGGAAGAAAGUUCAAAGGAGCCUGGAGGAUCUUACUCGACCGCCAUUAGUGGCUACAUCACUUGGAAAUCUCCAAAUACAUCACCAAGGGUGGGUCCACUCAAUGGAGUUCCUCGUAGUGACACCUCGGUGGAAGAAACGAGCAGCCAACAUAGACAACCUAAUCUGAGUAGGUCAAUACUUAAGAUUAUUGAGCUUAUCAGAAGGAUGGAUCUAACAUGCUCAAAGAACUGUUAUGUUCCAGAUAAUGGUUCAGAAAGAGAUCGGGUUUCAGACUACUUGAUUCAUGUUUUCCAAUGGAGAAGUGCGGAACUGAGCACUGUUUUACAGCAAUUUGUCUAUACUUGUGACGAUCUGUUGGAUGGGAAGGCCAAGUUUGAAAACUUUGCUGCGGAAUUGGCAUCUGCAUUGGACUGGAUUAUAAACCACUGCAUCAUCUCUCAAGAUGUUUCGUGUGUGAGAGAUAAAAUCAAUAAGCAUUUGGGUUCAUAUAAUUCACCAAACACAGGCGAACUUGAUAUGUUUGAAAUGGAGAAGACCCAAUCUGAUUUGCGAGAGGAAAAUAAGGGACUAAAAGACAAGUUUAAGAGUAUGGAGUCCUUGUGGAAAGAGUUAGAAGCAGGGCUAAGGUCGGCAAAUGAUAAGAAUGAAUCCUUGAUGAAUCAACUUCGGGAAUCAGAGCAAAGUAUUGGACACUUGCAGUCGGAACUAAAAACUUUGAAAGAAUCAAAAGGAAUAAUUGAAGAUCAGAUUGAAAAUCAAAAGCUUAUUAAUGAAGAUCUUGAUACCCAACUUAAUCUUGAGAACAUUAAACUAAAUGAGGUUCUUCAGAAGUUAUCAACUCUCGAAGUAGAACUGGAAGAUAAAAGCCACUGUUGUGAAGAAUUAGAAGCGACAUGCCUUGAGCUUCAACUCCAGAUGGAAAGUGUUACCAACAAGGAAGCUCCAAAGGAGAGCAUAGACCAGGAGGAAAGGCUACUUAAAACUGGCUGGGAGAUCACAACCGCUUCUGCAAAGUUGGCAGAGUGCCAAGAGACAAUCCUACACCUGGGGAAACAGUUAAAGGCACUGGCUUCGCCAAGAGAAACUUCAGUUUUUAACAACGUUUCUACCACCACCACCACCGCCACUGCCAUUGCCAUCAACAAUAUGAAGAAGUUAAGCCAGCGGUCAUCCCUGCGUGAUCGAAUGCUAGCAGACGAUCUGACGUCCCCAAAGACAAGGCAAAUUAUUAGCACCAUAGAAGCAACAAAACCGUCUUUUCUCUACUCCAACAAUUUUAGUACCGUGUGUGCUCCUAGUGUCCCAGUUGCACCUCCAGAAGUUGGUUCACUAGCGAUUGUACCGAGUAAGAAACGGGGAGGGGUUGGUUUUCUGAGGAAACUACUACUGAGAAAGAAGAGAGGGAGUAGCAAGAAGACAUCUCGAUCCUUUGCUGCAUAACAUAUUCACAGUGAAGCAAUAAAAACCAUCGACAUCAAGACUGACUUGCCUAUGGUUUUAGAUUUUGCUCAUCCUUACUUGUCUAUGGUUUUAGUUUUUGCUCAUCCUGGCUUUUGGUUGGAAAUAAGAGGUGUAUGUGUCUUCAGCUUACUCUGUGAGAGAGAGAGAGUUGUAUGCUGUUGCAGGUGAUGCUGAUGUAUAUACCUGUUUGUUGACACAUUUGCUUAUCUAUAAGAGUGUUCGUAGUUUACAAAGCAA